GGAAAAAUAAGAGAUUGCUCUAUCACUUUAAAAAUUAAAGCGAUAACAAUGUAUCUUUUUACCUAAUUUUGUAGCUGCCUUUGUCUUUUGCGAUUUUUACAACAUAAUUAUGUCACAUUUUAAUGCUGUUUUAGGUAAACAAUGGUUCCACGAUAGAAAACUCAUUGGGCCAACGUUCCAUUUUAGAAUAUUAGAUCAAUUUGCUGUAGUUUUAUCUGAAAAAGCAGAGAUCCUAAUAAAGUGUCUCGAAAGAGAGAUAGAAAGAGAUUCAGGGAAAGCCGUUGAUGUUUUCCCUCUUAUUGUCAAUGCUGCUCUCGAUGUUAUCUGUGAAACGGCAAUGGGUGUGAAUAUACGUGCUCAAGAAACCGUAACGAAAUAUCAUUCAACAGUAGACAAAGCCUCCGCGUCAAUAAUUAAUCGACUGCUUACACCGUGGUAUUGGCCUGAUUGGUUGUAUUAUUCCCUGCCUGUAGGAAAGAAAUUUAAAUCAACAAUUGAUUUAUUGCAUGACUUCACGAAAGGGGUAAUAAAUAAGAAAAAGGCUGAACGACAAUCGCAAAACGGCUACACAGACAAUGAGGACAAUGAAUUAAAUAUAGGUAAGCGGAAGAGAAAAGCGUUCCUGGAUCUGUUGUUAGACCAGAAUGCGAAAGACGACAUUCCCUUGACCGAUGAUGAGUUGAGAGCGCAAGUCGACACGUUCAUGUUUGAGGGACAUGACACAACAGCGGUUGCGAUGACU